AUGGAGCAUAAUCGGAUUCAGAAGCUCCUGCUUUCCGAGUACUGCGACUUCUCUGACACAGUUCUAGUUGAGUCUCCGUUUGCUCAGACGACUCGUGACGGGCGGGGUUUGCGAGAAGUUGCUUUAGGCUUGACACCGUCAAGGCUAGUAGUCGCCGCCGACAUCUUGAAUGAGAACUCGGACUUCAUGUGUCCACCAGACUUGGAUCCAAGUAUUGAGAGCUUCGAGCUGGUUUCGGUUUAUCCGUUGGAGUGCGUAGCUCUAAGUAUUUUUCGAAGACGACAUCGACGAACUUUGAAGGCAAGACUGAUCGACGGGAGAGCGAAUUACUACGAACUCGGAGGAAUGGAACGACGUGAAAUGUUUUGGAACAUAUGGUGCGAGCGAAUUCAGAAUAUAAUAGCCCAGAAAGGAGACGGAAGUUCAUUGUCCGAGACCACUGCUGCGAGUUCAUCCAGCGCUAGUACCCUCUUCCUUGUCUCUUCGGAAGUUGAGCUCGCCGGGAGGUUGCAGCAACGCGGUGAUCACUCGAUCUGCAGGGUCUGGGCUCAUUAUGGCGGCGCAGGCGACGGGCUCGCUCCUUCCUGGCCCCAAAAGGACCUUUUUCUAGGCCCAUCCCAUGGCGAGUUGGGUUACGGUUACUACGCCCCAGUUCCGGUGCGAUUUGCGGGUGCUAGUCUAGACGACCUCAGGCACGAGUUAACCGACGGAUCACCUGAUAGGCGUCCGGUGAAACGAGGCUGCUACAGCUGGCCCGUUGGUCAAAAUUGUCGGGCAGAGAAGUCGAAUCACCAGUCGGGGGGCUUAUGCGACGUCCUUUUUACUCGGGACAAGAAUUUCAACUUCACUCAAGGGAUCCGAGUGGACGACCUAUGGACGACCGAGUUCACCGAAGACUCUGCGGACCUAGAAAGUUCCGCGCCAAAAAAGCUGAGCCGCCAUUCAACCGCCCAGAAGAUCAUCAAUCUCGCACCUAAGAUUUCAAGGUUCGGGUUCGGCAUUCGCGAAAACUGCCGCUCUGGUCUUUACUUGGAGUCUUACGACUCGCGUAAAGCAGGAGACGCCGUUCAGCCUCCGCACAUGCCUUUGGAUCCCUACAAACUGGUCGAAAGCAGUGUCGUCGUGUGGGAGGGCGGCGAUCGGCGGAAGGAGAACGAGCAGCGCCGGAAGUUGUUCGGGCGACACCCAAGACGCUACGGACUGGCGACAGCAGCCCAUUUCCUCCAUGCUUUAGGCCCGUGGUCCGUGCAGCCUGGAGAACGCGAUUCCGUUCAAAGACGACGGUCCAUGAGUGCCGUCGGAGUACGGCGCCAGCCGAUGGAUCCUGAGCUCCGGCUGCCCGUAUCCAGAAGGCAGCUUGCUGCAAGCGUAUCUGCAACGGCCCUUGACCGCGGCCGGUGUGGAGCGAUGGGGGCGACGACGCGAGGACGCGUCGUGCUCUUUUGGACUCCUGAGUACUGGUACAGGCCUCGGGCAGCGACGGCGGCGUAUCGGGAGCUUCGACAACACCUUGAGCUCCUCCGAGAGUUUAGGUCCCAGUCCGAGAGAGAGUACUCUGGUAAUCGCAGAACGUUCUUUGGCCGACGAAAGCGCAGCUCGCUUCAAAGUGACGCUAGUGUUUUGGCGACAAGCGAUGAGCGAGCCGGUCACAUCCUCGGCCGGAUAUUCUCAUCGCACGUUGUGACGCAGCCGUGGAAGCGGAAGAAAAAUCAAGAGGGCCCAUCGCGGGGAGGUGCUACGACUGGCCAACUGCGACGCCUACUGAAAAUGGACUUCAGGGUGAGUGCUUGGGACCUGGACAGUACCACGAUCGCUCAUCAGCUGACCCUUGUCGACCGGGAUCUUUUUCUACGAAUUCCACCGCUGGAGAUGGAGAUAAUCGUAUUCCAGAGGUCGUCUAGAAACGCACCGAACCUCGGCGCCUGGAUCGCUUUCAGCCAUCGGAUCUCUUGCCUUGUUGCAAGCGAGAUAUUGGCUGUAAAGAAGGUUGAGUUUCGUGCCCGUCUUGUGGCCCGGCUCAUAAACGCUGCUGGAAAAUCUCACGCCACCGGAAACUUCCAGUCAUCCAGGUCCAUCCUGGCCGGUCUUCAGAGCCCUCCUAUUUAUCGGCUCAAGGCCACUUGGGAUCACCUCAGGGCUCACCAUGCCACGAGGUAUCAAGCGAUGGAACAACUAUCGAAGAUUUAUAAGAGCCCUCGAACCCGAAAGUACCGUAGGGCUUGGGGAAGGGCUGAGCUCGAUCCGCCAGCUUUGCCAUACGUUGGCGAUCUCUUGGCGCGGCUGCUGGGCAUUAGUUCUGAUCGUCGGCCUGCCAAUACCACGUCCGUGAAGUCCUUGGUUGGGAAAGAACCAUGUGCCUCGUCUUCUCCAGAUGACCACCACGACGUCAAUCUUGAGCAGCGCAAGCCUUGCGUCGGGUUCGCCCGACGAAUUAUUUCUGCAGCUAUUGUGAAACUGAAGAAUGGCAAGGCAGGUUCGCUCCAUUGCAAUUUGUCCAGCGAUGGCGGGGUUUGGAACACCAGGCAACGAAUUCUGGCUAGAAUGGCCUAUGAUCGAUGGCGCAGCCAUGUUGUUGAACUCGGAUUUAUCGCGCAGAACGAGUUGAAGCUGAGAAACAUGGACGAGCGCCAGAAGCGUGUGAUCGAGGUCACCACCUGGCUGACCGAGUGCCAGAGAUCGGCGCAAAAUUAUUCAUAUCUUGGGCAUUCUAUAGCCUGGGAGUUUUUGCUCAAGGCCCGAUACAAGGAGGACAGAGACAAUUUUUUUGUCAGUUUAAAACUCGAGCCGCCAACGUCUGUAUGA